AUGGCACGGCACAGACGGGUGCUAGGACGCCGCGCUCCCCGCCCGGGCUCUGCCUCAGUCGCGUGUCCGCGACGGUCGACUACGCCGCGAUAUCGCGUCCGCGCGUCGUGUUCGACCGAACGCCGCGCCCUCAGCGUCCGGAGCGCGCACCGCCUUCUGAGUGCAGCCAGCGAUGAACGAACGUUGGUGGCUUGGUGCCCUUCCUUCAGCGCACCCGUAUUUGGUUGCCUUCGGUAA